AUGGGCGUGACGCCCGCGAUCGCACUCGUUCACGAGAUGCUCCUCGCUACACUGAGCGGCGCUCACGUUCUCGUUCACGAGAUGCUCCUCGCUACACUGAGCGGCGCUCACGUUCUCGUUCACGAGAUGCUCCUCGCCGCACUGAGCGGCGCUCACCCACUCCUCCCCGUCGCACCAGGCGGCGCUCUCCUUCUCGUUCUCCUUCUGGAGAUGCCUAUCGCCGCAACAAGCGGCGGCGCUCUCCUUCUCGUUCUCGUUCACGAGAUGCUCCUCGCCGCACUGAGCGGCGCUCACCUACUCCUCCCCGCCACACCAGGCGGCGCUCUCAUUCUCGAGAUGCUCGGCGCUCCCGUUCUCGGGAUGCUCGACGAUCAAGCCGCGACCGGCGCUCUGACCAUCAUGGUAGCGCGGCAGACGACACUAACUGGGUUGAAAGGCACUACGCGUCUGAGAUUCUCCAACGACAAAUUGGACGAGAUAAUCGCUGGCAUGAGCCGACAAACCUUUGAUCCUCAAGAGGAGUCCUUCGGUCGAUUCGAAGCGACGCACAUAGCUGCGAAGAUUCGUGGACAGACUGGCACGUCAUUUGUGCCGAUCAACCCCAAUGGUACCGCGUACCUUGUACCGGCUUCCACGCCGCACACUGCUCCAGACAACUCUCGCUGGGCAGCUCGGUCUGUGCAAAACCAGACGAUACUCACUCACUGCACCGGCAAGCACAAUACAAUUACUGUGCCUGCCAGCGUAGAUGAAGCUGGCGAUCCUGUCGACAACUCUGGUCGCAACGCCGUCCCGGGGCGACCCGGUACUGGAGGCUCCAACUAUCCGAAUCUCCCUCCUGCUGGUCAAGUACCGAACAAGCAAAAACCUCCAAUGCGUCCAGUCGCCGUGCCAAACGGUGGUCGUGCUCCGACAAGUUAUGCAGCAUCUGCUGCACAAAAUGCAGAUUCUUCUGCGCAAAAUGCAGAUUCUUCUGCGCAAAAUGCAGAUUCUUCUGCGCAAAUGGACCAAGGGCCAACCGACCUCGUGGAACGCGUCGAGUGGCUGAUCAAGACCACCCAGACGGCAGAGGGUCCACGUCCUGUGCCGGCGUCCUUCGGUCAAGGCUGGCCGACAGAAGGUCAAGUCUUCGGCAAGAAAAUGGGUCUCAACGAGCAAUGUCGACCCGGGCUUUGCAUGUCUGUCUUUGGCUACCGCGGCACUCCUUGCCCCCGUGGCGCUAACUGUCGUAGCCAGCACACGUGGCUAAAGGACGAUGAAUGCCGUGCGAUAAUCGCGAAUCCCCUGCCUGAGAAUGGCGGGUCCAAAGCCGGGAUCGCAUUUCUGCGAGUCGCCGUGCAGCACUUCGUUGCGAACCAGAGGCUAGGCUUGGUGGAUGAGAACCACGAAGUGCCGAUGCCACCUCGACCGGGCAGGUUUUACACCUUGCCGCAAUACCAAUCCUGGCUUGCUAGCCGAAAACAGCGGUCGCAACAGCGAACGUUUGAACAGGGUCAACAGACCGAUAAUGCUGGCGAACAUGCCGAUCACGAAGAGGUUGAGAGUAUUAUUGACUCGUCUCACAACACUGGUCAAGAGCCCGUCCCCACACCAGGACUCGGUGCCAGCCAGCACGCGACCGCCUCCAACAAUGGUCACCGGACCGCCACCAACGAUCGUCAAGGUCGUCCCAAUACUUCUCGAAACGGGAUUCGGAAUCCGCGCGUCACUGGCCAUCCCGCCGCAAAUUCUAGGGUCUUCAACCCGAACGCCAGCCAUAUCAACACCGACAACUUGGCGUAUUUCAAUCAUACGCCCGCUAUGGGCCCUUGGGGUGGGGACAUUCAGAGCACUGUCCGACAGGACGAUAUUGCCCACAAUAUUGAGGCUACGGCGGCAGAGGCCGCAUUUAUAGCCAGUGGUGCUCCGAGGGGUUCUUUCUCCGUGAGAUACACGGACGACGCUGGUCAGCAGGCCACAGAGCAGAUAGAUAUGGCUAAUUGGAAAAAGCCGACGGUGGAUGACUUCUGA